AUGCAGGAGAUGACCGCACAGAAGAACGAAACCCAGACGGAACAUCUUGAGUCCGGUCCGGACAAUGUACCCAUUGAAAGCCAUCAAUCGCAGUCAGCAGCCGGUACAGAUCCAGGACCGAACAAGAUCUCCCUCAAAACAUGGCUGGCAAUUAUAGCCCUCACGGUCAUUUACAGUUGCGGUCUUUCGACGUAUGUUCUUGUCUCUUCUGUGCUAACAUAUAUCAAUGAUGAUCUUGGCCCGGUUUCAACGUACUCGUGGAUAAGCUCUGCCAAAACCGUGUCCACAGCCGUUGCAGCAGUACUCGCAGGCACCUUAUCGGAUUUGUUUGGCCGACGUUGGUUUACCAUCGGCUCGGGACUCUUUGGUCUUGCCGCCUGCAUUGUUGGCGCCACAGCGCAGAGCGUUAACCAAGUAAUUGCAUCCAUGGCCAUGAUGGGCGUUGUUAGCGGAGGAAGCUUGAACUGCUUUGCAUGCUCGUCAGAGCUCGUGUCCAAGAAGCAAAGGGGGCCGGUCCUAUCUUUCAUCAACUUCUCGGCUAUCAUAUGGUCCAGCUUUGGCUCUUUGAUAGCAAACUCCAUGGUCGUAUCUUCAGGAGGCUGGCGCGCUAUCUUCUACUUGGGUAUGGCCAUGAACGCGGCUGGGGCCAUUCUGUCGUUCGCCUUCUACUAUCCUGCAAAACCUCUAGCCACUAAGGAUAUCACUCGGAGGGAGAUCAUCCAAGGUUUUGACUGGGUUGGUCUCUUCGGCAUCUCUACUGGGCCAACUCUGCUCAUCAUUGCCAUCAUCUGGGCAGGCGGCGAGUAUGAGUUCAACUCACCACAAGUAUUAGGCUCUUUUAUCACUGGAAUCCUGCUUUGUGUCGCCCUUUGCGUCUAUGAAGUCUAUAUUCCUAAAACGCCCUUGCUGCACCCUUACUUGUUCCGACAAGUGAGAACCUUUACUCUUCUGCUAUUCAUUACUUUCACAAGUGGCAUGCUCUACUAUUCUCUGGUUGCCUUUUUCCCUCAAUACCUAAGACUCGUAUUUGUGGGCAAUAACCCAAUCAGGAUUGGCACCUAUGGCCUGCCACUGGGCCUUGGCGGUACCGUUGGAGGAGUAACUGUUGGACUUGUGUCGUCUCGAAUUGGCCACACCAGGCUCUCUCUGACCUUUGGUGUUGCCGUUCAGGUGUUGUUCAUCGGUCUCAUGGCUCUCCCAGAUCUUUCCGAAGUCGGCAUGGCCCUCGCUUUCAGUGGUCUUGGUGGCCUAGGAAUCGGAUGGGAGCAGAUUCUCACGAUUAUCCUCGUCCAGCUGUCCACAUCUGACGAAUGGAUCGGCUUCGCUACUGGAACCUUGUCCUUCUUCCGGCUUUUCGGAGGCAGUGUUGGCAUCGCCGUAUACACCACUAUUUUCUCUCGAGAAGCUGCAAAGCUUCUGCCCAGCCGACUUACAGCCGCUGUUACUGCUGAAGGUCUCCCGUCUGCGUCCGUAUCACAAUUUGUCGAACAGUUUUUGCGGCCGGGUGGCUCAGUGUCUGCCGUCCCUGGCAUCACACCGGGAGUACUCGAAGCCGCAAGCAGGGCCACGAGGGGAUCGUACCUUGAUGCUUUCAAGCUCGUCUGGUACACUUCUGUCGGAUUUGGUGGAUUGACUGUGCUUGCUGCGGUAUUUACGAAAGAUCUCUCCCACGAAUUCAACGAUGUCGUAGCCCAGCACUUGAAAAAUGAAAAGUGCACCGAGUCACCCGAGAAAGAAACGGUGUGA